CUUCCACCAUGGACCAGUUCCCGAACGAAAUAUGGGACGCUAUCUUCCGAGAACUGGUCAGCCAAGCAGACCUGGCCCGCGUCAUCCGAACCUGCAAGAAGUUCUACGCUAUCGGAAUUCGCGUUCUCCACCGUCAUAUCGUUUGGCUGGAUCCUGCACGUUUCACUGCCAGCCUUGACUUCAUCCAGAGAAACCCUACUCUUCAUUCGAUCCCGCGCUCCCUGAAGCUCGGGGUCUCCCUCAACUAUGACUGCUUCCGUCAUAAAACACGUCCAUCUCGCGAGCCCUUCCAUGCCUUGCAUCUUUCCAAUGACCUCGAUGCUCACGACGAUGCAUUCUUCGCCGAUGCAAACCCGUUCUUUGCUUGGGGCCAGGAUCAUCAUCCUGUGGUCGAGAACCACUCACCUGUACCGGGCCCUUCACAUCAUGAGCCAGGUCCUUUCAAUUAUCCGGGUGCGCAAGCGCUUUUCAACGGGUUUGAUCCCGCUGCUUUGACGAAUGUGCACUCCUGGUCGGAUGGGCCUUCACUGCAGUCCAAGAUUUACAUUUCGAAGACAUGGCACUUCCUCCGGAGUACUACACCAUCAUUUGCCACUUCCCCCAUCUUCGUCGCCUCCACAUUGAGCACUGCGUAG